UUAAAAGCCCGCACUAAUGGGAGAAGUAGAUAGCAACACACAAAACCAGGUCAAUAUUGAUGCUUCCAACAUUACCACCCAACUCAAAAAUCAUGGCCAUGCCACUUCAAUUACCGCUAACAUGCCAGCUCAAUCUUCCAUCUUAACAACGCUCCAUGCAGGGUAUUUUAGAAUAAGCCUUUCUCUUGGCGGACAAGCUUUGCUAUGGAAGACCCUGAGCCACCUCGGGAGGGAUUCACAUGAUCUUCAGGAGGUAUUCCGCAAGGUCCCCUCUACUGCUUGCCUCCUACUAUGGUGUCUUGCCAUUUUAGUGCAGAUUUCCCUGUGUGUUCUUUACAUCCUCAGGUGUUUCUUUCACUUUCAUCUGGUGAGGGCAGAGUUCUUGCAUCCUAUAGGGGUGAACUACUUAUUUGCUCCUUGGAUCUCAUGGCUUCUUGUGCUCCAGUCUUCACCAGUAAUCGAUUCAGACAGUGUUGUCUAUUUGGUUCUCUGUUGGAUCUUUAUUACUCCAUUGUUAAUGCUUGAUAUAAAGAUCUAUGGACAGUGGUUUACGACAGAGAAACGUUUCCUGUCUGUAAUGGCAAAUCCAACAAGCCAAGUGUCUGUUAUCGGAAACCUGGUAGCUGCACGAGCUGCAGCACAGAUGGGGUGGAAGGAGAGUGCAAUUUGUAUGUGGUCUCUUGGCGUGGUGCAUUAUUUAGUACUCUUUGUAACACUUUAUCAACGUUUGUCAGGUAGCAAUCAGUUUCCUGCAAUACUGAGACCCGCUUUCUUCUUGUUCAUUGCUGCUCCAAGCGUGGCCAGUUUAGCUUGGAACUCCAUCACAGAGUCUUUUGGCACUGCUUCAAAGAUGCUGUUCUUCAUCUCUCUGUUUCUCUUCAUGUCUCUGGUUAGCAGGCCAUGUAUAUUCAAGAAAUCUAUGAGGAAAUUCAACGUUGCUUGGUGGGCGUACUCAUUUCCAGUAACGUUCCUUGCUCUAGCUUCUGCUGAAUAUGCCAAAGAGGUGAAAGGUCUUGUAGCAACUGGAUUGACGCUUGUGCUAUCCAUACUCUCAGUUCUAGUUUUCUCUGGCUUAAUGCUGCUUACUGCAGCUAACACCAACAAUCUUUUAAAUGAAAACGAUCCCACCAUGAGUUUUUCCAAUAACAUUAAGCCAAGCACAUAAGCAGAACAGGUAGCGGUGGAAUGCUUAUGUGCAUCCAAAAUUGAUCCACGUUUCUUAUAGUGCAAUAGCUUCCCAAAUUGUAAAGAUAGUUCUACUGAUUCAGAAAGAAAGAAACAUAAAAGCAAAUAUAUUAUGCAGUAAGGA